ACCCCAAAGACAGGUUGGCGUACCAAAUUAUCCGAUGCUGUGCCGCUCCAGUGCGGGGAGCUGCUCGCCUGCUCAAUGCCAUGGCGGUCUCCGCCCAAACCCGAACCCUAUCCCCUCUUUAUCUUUAGCAAGCUUUCAUCUCGCUUCCUCAUCAUCCCUCCACCUCCACCUCAUCUCACCCCUUCAAGUUUCCCCGUCGCCGGCGCCCUCUUCUUCACAACCACAAGAAUUCGCCGGCUUGAUCGAUGAAUUCGAACAAACUCGCCUAUCCCGGCGGCAGAAUGCCCGGUCUACCGCGCUCCUCUGCCUCAACGAACAGCAAGAAAAGAUAUAUGUACCCUCUUUGCAUGACGAAGCAGACGGGGAAAACCUCCAACGACGGAAGAUCAUCGAAGAGGCCUCCCUCGCCACUAAGAGAAAGCCUAGGUUUCCUGGUUCAAUCAGUUUUCCUAAGGAAGAUGCGGUCGCGGUUCUUACCAGCGAUGACCAGGCCUUCAAACAAGCGCUCGAGAUCCGACGAGGGGUUGCCGCUGAGGUUUUAAAGGUGGCACUCAGUGCCGGAAGGCUCAGUAAACCUUACUCGGCUAAAAUAGUCUCCUGCUUGCCAAAUUUUGUCGAUCGAGUUGUGAUUGAGGCGGCUGAAAUGAAGGUGGUGCCAGAGUUCUCUCACCUCUCAUUCAACGCUCGAGCGAAGAGAUACAUACAGGGAUCCGGCGUGGUUGAACUUGUCAAGUGGUUGAAACAUAAUUCGUUAACGUACCCCCAGAUUGGUAAGUUGAUAUGUUUGUGUUCUAGUAAUCUUGAGCCAGUGAGGAGACUAGCUGAGUGGUUAAAGACGAUACAUGUGAAGGGAAAGUAUCUUGGGUAUGUACUUGUGAAAGCAAGUUCUAUUUUGGAGUAUAAGUUGGAAAUGCUGGUGGAAAUUGUUGAUUAUCUAGCAGAGAAGGGGGUGAAGAGAGAAUGGAUGGGUUUUGUUUUAAGCAGAUGUCCAAGAGUGCUAACUUUAAGCAUGUCUGAAAUAGAGUUUCGUGUAAAGUUCUAUAUGCACAUGGGCAUGGAUGAGAAGGACUUUGGUACAAUGGUCUAUGAUUAUCCCAAGGCGCUUGGUUUCUUCAGCUUGGAAGAGAUGCAUAGUAAGGUCAAUUAUCUCAAGGAGUUCGGCUUGAGCACUGAAGAAGUGGGACGGCUGUUAGCUUACAAACCACAACUCAUGGGUUGUAGCAUUGAAGAACGGUGGAAACCUCUUGUGAAAUACCUGUAUUACCUUGGUGUGCGCCGCGAUGGUAUGAAGAGAAUACUUAUGGCAAAGCCAGUAAUCUUUUGUGUUGAUUUGGAGAGAACUAUUGCACCAAAGGUUCGGUUUUUGCAGGAUAUAGGUGUUAGACAAGAAGAUAUUGGAAGUGUUAUAGCAAGAUUCCCGCCAUUGUUAACAUAUAGCCUUUACAAGAAAAUUCGGCCAGUGGUCAUUUUCUUGUUGACAAAAGCUGGGGUAACCCAAGAAAAUAUUGCUAAGGUGAUUGCCUCUGAUCCUCAGCUUGUGGGCUGCAGUAUCAUAAAUAAACUGGAUGUCAAUGUCAAGUACUUACUGUCAUUGGGAAUUCGUCUGCAUACAAUUGGGGAGAUGAUAGCGGACUUUCCAAUGCUUCCAAGAUACAAUUUGGAUGUCAUUCGCCCCAAAUACCAGUAUCUAAGACGAAUUAUGGUUCGACCUUUACAAGAUCUCAUUGAGUUCCCAAGGUUCUUCAGUUAUUCGUUGGAUGGAAGAAUUAUACCAAGGCAUGAGAUUCUUGUGAAAAAUCAUGUUAAUUUCAAGCUGCGCUACAUGUUGGCUAGCUCUGAUGAAGAGUUCAACCAGAGAGUACAAGCUGUCGUCGAGAACCGCAGGAACUUUGAAUCUGGUGAGAGACAUUCUGAUCCUUCUGAUACUGAAUCAUAUUAGGCAGCCUCAGGUACCACCUAAAAGAAUCUUAGAAGUCAUAAUCAGGGCUCCCUAAAAACUUCCAUGGUUAAAUGUAGAAUGAUAGAAGUGUAGAAAGUUCAUAUCAAUGUAGUGAUAAAUUAUUUUGUGCGGAUAACGAAUUGUCCGGAGGCGAAUCAGUAUUUUCCAUGUCACCUGGUACGCAACAAAAAAGUGACGUGGCCCGUUUUGAUUUGCCUCUAGACACGUCCGUAUCCGCACAGAAUAAUUUUACCAAUAUAGUUCUAUUAUAUUGUUUAAAGAGCUCAAAAUUCAUUCUAUCAAAUAAUGUGUUAAUUGAGUAAGAUUUCUGCAAAUACUUGGAAUAGGACCCAAGCGUGCUACUUUUGUUGCUUGUGCAGUAUUUUUUUCUUUAGGAUCUAAAAGACUAUCAGAUGUUCCAACAGAUAA